GUAUGAAAAAUAUGGACAAGGCAUGGAAUUAAGUGUUGAAAGUGAGAUAUAGAAGGCAAAAUAGGUUAAGUAGUGGAAAAUAGUACAAUGUCGAUUACUAGUAUUUCGGUGUAAAAUUGAGUAUUUAUGGAUUUACCAAAUGUAAUCGAGGUAUGAUUAAGGUCUCAUUGAUGAUGUAAAAAUGGUUUUAGAACCAUUAGAUCAAUUCUUGAUGGGAGGUAUACAUAAUCAGUGGUAUUGAUGCAAAGUCAAAACGAGCUUAGCAUAAGUGCGCUACGCUCGAUCGGGUAAGCAUAACUAUUGGGUAUGAAGUCAUAUGGACCUAAGGUUUGGUAUGAGUGUUUUACACAUAAGGAUAAUAGGCCUAGCAGAUGAUUAAGUCGAAAUUAUUGAAGUGAUAAGGUUUUCAUAAGUCAAAAGGUGAAAUGAUGAGAUGAAAGGUGUCAACUUUUGACAAUAAGGCUAAAUCAUUGAAAAUAAGGAAUUUUCAUCAAACCUUAUCACUUUGCACGACCAUUAUUCUGAAAAACAGAGAGAAAAGAAAACCAAAAACCAUUUCUUGGCUGGUUUGAAGAAAUUCUAAGGAGAUCCAAGUGAAAGCAAAGCCAAAGAAGUAGAUUAAGCUUAGUUCUAGCCUUUUUAUGAUAUAUAAUAACACAGAUGGAUCAUGAACAUGGUAUGGGGGCUACUGAAGGCUCUUGCAGCAAUAAAUAUGAACAAGAAAUGGCUCAACUUCGAGCGGUGGUGAAUAGACAGGCUGAACAAAUUGAGAAGUUGUUAGCAGAACAACGACAAAGGCAAGCACCAACACCACCUACUGAAACUCCAACACCUCCACAAGCUCCACCUCCACAAGCUCCACCUGCAGUGCACCCCAUGGAACCAUUAUAUGAACGGUUCCGAAAACAACGCCCACCAGUAUUUGAAGGUAGCACUGACCCACUUGACGCACAAGACUGGAAGAGUUCUUUAGAAGACAUCUUUGAGUUCAUGCAACUAAGUGACAGGGAAAAAGUUUCUUGUGCUGCACAUACACUUAAAAAGGAUGCUAAGAUCUGGUGGAAAGUGGUUAAGCAGACUAGAGAAGUGAAUCAGAUGACUUGGGCAGAAUUUGAACUGGUCUUCAAUGAGAAGUUUUAUAAUGAAGCUGUGUUGACUGCCAAAGUAAGUGAGUUCACUAGAUUGCAACAGGGGAAUCUAUCAGUGGCUGAGUACGCCAGGACAUUUGACCGGUUAGCCAAGUUUGCACCAGACUUGGUUAACACUGAAACUAGUAGAGUGAAUCGCUUCCUGGAGGGUCUACAACCAGAAUUGGCUAGAGAUGUAGAUAUGGGACGUACAGGGCCUCUUUCUUAUGCUCAGGCUGUGGAGAAAGCUUUGAGAGCUGAACACAGAGAAGAAAAAAUAACAAAAGCUAAAGCUGCUACUAGCAUGCCUCGUAGAGACACUCCAUUCAACAAAGAACAAAGCCGCUUUCACAAUGACAACAAAAGAGGGGCCCAGAAUUUCCAAUUUAGACAAGGACAGAAUAAGAAAUUUAAAGGAGGUCAGCAAAACAGGCAACCUGGAUUCCAACAAAUGCCACGAUGUCAAACUUGUGGAAAGAAUCAUUUCGGGGAGUGCAGGCUUCUAACUAAGAGCUGCUUCAAAUGUGGCAAGGGGGAUCAUUUUAUCAAAGAUUGUCCAUUGAUGAAGAACCAACAAAUGAAGGAUGAACCUCAGAGGACAAAUGCUAGGGUGUUCACGAUUACUCAGGCUGAUGCUGAUACCAACAACUCUGUUGUGUCAGGUGAUAUUUUUGCAUCUGGUAUUCUCACUCAUGCAUUAAUAGAUUCAGGUGCCACGCAUUCAUUUGCAUCAUUGACAUAUGUAAAAAGGUUGGGUAGAUCGUGUGAAAAAUUGUCAGAAGUUUUUAGUACAAUGUUACCAUCUGGAGAGAUUCUGUAUUCUACUCAUUGGUUGAGGGGGGUUCCUAUUUGCAUUGAUGGUAGGGAAUUAUAUGCUGAUCUAAUAAUGUUAGAGAUGGCCGAUUAUGAGGUGAUUUUGGGUAUGGAUUGGCUUUCAAAGUAUAAUGCCACUAUUGAUUGUAGAAGGAAAACAGUGAUAUUUAAGCCUUCAGAGGAAGAUGAGUUUAUGUUUACUGGAGCGACAUCAAAAAGUUGCAUUCCAUUAAUUUCUGCUAUGAAGGCCAAGCGACUGUUGGAAAGUGGAUGUGUGGGUUAUCUCGCCAGUGUGGUUGACACGUAUAAGGAGCAAAAGUUAAAACCGGAAGAUGUACCGGUAGUUAGAGAUUUCUUAGAAGUAUUUCCAGAAGAUUUACCGGGAUUGCCUCCAGACAGAGAAAUUGAAUUUGUGAUUGAGCUACUUCCUGGUACAGCCCCUGUGUCCAAGGCACCUUAUAGAAUGGCACCAGCAGAACUAAAGGAAUUAAAGAUACAGUUGCAAGAACUCCUGGAUAAAAAGUUUAUCAGGCCUAGUUUUUCACCAUGGGGAGCUCCGGUGCUAUUUGUGAAGAAAAAGGAUGGGACGAUGCGAAUGUGUAUUGAUUAUAGAGAAUUGAACAAGUUGACAAUCAAGAAUAAGUAUCCACUUCCUAGAAUUGAUGAUCUUUUUGAUCAAUUACAAGGAAGAGGAGUGUUUUCAAAGAUUGAUUUGAGAUCUGGGUAUCAUCAAUUAAAGAUUAGAGAAGAGGAUGUACCAAAGACCGCAUUUCAAACUCGGUAUGGCCAUUAUGAGUUCCUUGUGAUGCCAUUUGGAUUAACUAAUGCUCCAGCUGCAUUCAUGGACUUGAUGAACAGGGUGUUUAAGGACAACCUUGAUAAGUUUGUAAUAGUGUUUAUUGAUGAUAUCUUGGUGUAUUCUCGAUCCCAAGAAGAACAUGAGGAACAUUUGAGGUUGACGUUGGAGAAAUUAAAAGAAAAACAACUCUAUGCCAAAUUUAAG